AUGCUGUGGAUUGCGGAGCUUACAGACCAACUAGCACCACCAAAAAGCCAACCGGCUAGCGGCGAAUGCGGAAGUUCUUCAAUUUUAAGUGGAGAAAAUAUUAACGUGUCCACCAAUACUUCCCGAAACACCUCCUCCUGGCAGAAAAACAUAGAACAAAGAAUACGGAAGCUAGAGGAAAUAUCGGCGCAGAACACUGUACUCCUGGAGCGGAUUAUUGACAUAUUGCAACCGAAGAAGAUUGAAUUAAUGAUAUUUCCUAUUAAAAACAUAAAUGAUUUAGCAUCUGCAGAGUCCUUGCUUUUGAAUAAGCCUGAGGCAGAAAUUGUGGCGUAUCUGAAGAAAAAAUUUUCAAAGAGGCCCCUAUCAAAAAUUUUGGAUGAAGUGAUUGCGGAGUCCCUGCUCUUAAAAGUGAAUUGGGAUGGAGCCAAAAAUAAAAUAAGUUUAUGA